AUGAACACAUCUCAGGCAUCAGUGUCAUUUAAGGAUGUGACUGUAGAGUUCACCCCAGAUGAGUGGCAAUACCUAGGCGCUUCUCAGAGCACCCUGUACAGAAAUGUGAUGCUGGAGAACUACAGCCACCUUGUCUCACCGGGAUAUUGCUCUAUAAAACCAGAAGUGAUCUUCAAGUUGGAGCAAGGAGAAGACCCAUGGUUAGUAGAGGAUGAAUUUCUAAACAGGAGUUUUUCAGAAGACUACCAACUUGAUCUUUUAGAGAAGAGCCAGGAAAACCAAGACAAAUAUUUUUGUCAAGUUUUAUUCACCACCAACAGAACAUUGACUUCAGAGCAAGAGAAAGUUUCAGGAAAAUCAUUUAAUCUAGGCACAGACUUUUUUGCUUCAAGAAAAAUACCCGCUAUAUGUGACACUCUGGAGCCUACAUACUUGGAUCUCUAUGCAUUGGGUUUUAGUGACGUGGAGGAACUUACUCAACAUCAGAUUUUUCAGACUUUGCAGCAAUCUUUUGAAUAUAAUAAACGUAAUGUUUUGCAUGAUCAGGCUGCCUUCAUUUCAUGCAACAGUGCCUAGACCCAACAUGAUGAAUCAGCCCUUGUCUCUCCAAGUAUUUACACAGAGAAGAGUCACUCUGAAUUUAAUGAAGGUGAAUGUAAUAAAAUUGGAAACAAUUUCAGUAGGAUUACUCAACUUCAGAGAACUGAUAUAGGAGAGAAAACUUUUGGUCAAAAAGUGCAUUUCAGAGAAUGUCAGAGAACUCACACAGGAGUACAACCCCGUGAGUGUGGGAGAAACUUCAGCUACAAUUCAGCCAUUAAUGUACAACAGAGAACUCACACAGUAGAGAUAUCUUGUGAUAAUAAGACAUGUAAGGAAACUUUUAGUCCCCAGUUAGCCUUCAGUAUACAGCAGAGGACACAUGGAAGUGAAGAACACUAUGAAUGUAAUGAAUGUCAAAAAUCCUUCUCUAAGAGGUCAUCCCUCGUUUUACAUCAAAGAAGUCAUACAGGUAAGAAAAUUUAUGAAUGUAAUGAAUGUGGUAUAGCUUUUUCCUGUAAAUCAUCCCUAGCUAUACAUCAAAGGACUCACGCAGGGGAGAAACCCUAUGAAUGUGAUGAAUGUGGGAGAGCUUUCACCUACAUAUCACACCUCAGAGGACACCGGAGAAUUCACAAAGGAGAGAAACCCUAUGAAUGUAUUGAAUGUGGGAAAACUUUCCUCUGGAAGUCAAUCCUGAAUAUACAUUGGAGAAGUCAUACAGGGGAGAAGCCUCAUGAAUGUGAUGAAUGUGGGAGAGCUUUCACCUACAAAUCACAGCUUACACUACAUCAGAGAACUCACACAGGUGAGAAACCCUAUGAAUGUAAUGAAUGUGGAAAAACUUUCAGGCAGAAAUCAAGCCUUGGAAAACAUCAGAGAAUUCACACAGGGGAGAAACCCUAUCAAUGUAAUGAAUGUGGAAAAGCUUUCACUUCCAUGUCACACCUCAGAGGCCAUCAGAGAACUCACACAGGAGAGAAACCCUAUCAAUGUAAUGAAUGUGGUAAUUCUUUCAGGCAGAAAUCAAGCCUUGGAAAACAUCAGAGAACUAACACAGGAGAGGGACCCUAUAAAUGUAAUGAAUGGGGAAGAGCUUUCAUUUUCAUGUCACAGCUCAAAGGACAUCAGAGAAUUCACACAGGGGAAAAACCUUAUGAAUGUAUCGAAUGUGGGAAAAUUUUCCUUCAGAAGUCAGUCCUCAUAGUACAUCAGAGAGAUCAUACCAGGGAGAAACCUUAUAAAUGUGGAUGUAGGGAAGAGUUCCACCAGAAAUCAGACCUCAGACUGGAUGGACAAGUAACCCAGAUUUAUAACCCACCUAGAAGGAAAGAAUCCAGGAAGUGUUGCCAGGAUGCCAUUAAGAAUGUUCAUGAUUCAUGGGAAUGGGUCAAAAUAUCAGCAUUAACAGGAAUUUGGAAGAAGAUUCCAACCCUCAUGGAUGAAUUUGAGGAGUUUAAGAUGGCACCGGAGGAAGUAACUGCAGAUGUGGUGGAACUAGCAGGAGAACUAGAAUAA